AUGAAGCUUAACCCGAGCAAGUGUGCGUUCGGGGUGAUGACUGAAAAAUUCUUAGGGUUCAUAGUGUCUCAAAGAGGUAUCAAAGUCGACCCAGAUAAGAUCCAGGCCAUAAUAGAAAUGACACCACCAAGGAACAUGAAAGAAGUCCAGAGCCUCAAAGGCAAGGUAGCCGCGCUUAAUAGGUUUGUGUUAAGGGCGACGGACAAGUGUAUACCUUUCUUCCACACGCUGAAGAAGUCUUUUGAGUGGACGGCUGAGUGUCAACAAGCAUUCGAGGAUCUGAAGGCCUACUUCUCUUCCCCACCAUUGCUAAGUCCCUCUAAACCAGAAGAAGAAUUGUUCCUUUACCUAGCCAUAUCCUCAGCUGUUGUUAGUGCGACCUUGGUUAGAGAAGAAGACAAGGUGCAAAAGCUUGCGUACUACACCAGCUAG